UUGUAUGCGAGAAGGAGCUCCCCGAUUACCCGGAAUACGCCAUUAUCCAAUACCUUAGUACCUCCAUAGGCCAUUACCCCACCACCCCGCCAUUGAAGAAUUCAUGUUUUGCGCGCAUCAUAAGAAAUAAGAGAGGAAAAAAAUAUCGUGACUUUGUGACUCUUUCUUCUCUUCUUUGUUGCUUCUCAGUUAUUCUAACUCACCCAAUUACUAAUCUAUAACUUCGCCAGCCAUGGCUACUAUCGUGUUAGGUGUCCAAUGGGGAGAUGAAGGGAAAGGCAAACUUUGCGAUGUCCUCAGCUCCGAGGUUCAGAUCUGCGCCAGAGCUACUGGUGGUAGAAACUGCGGUCAUACUGUCGUGAUCAAGGGGACAUCCUAUGACUUUCACAUGCUGCCGUCUGGACUACUUCACCCCACGACUACAAAUCUCAUCGGGCCUGGUGUCGUCCUACACGUACCUACAUUCUUCUCUGAGCUUGCCACCACCGAGUCGAAAGGCGUCGAGAAUUGCCAGCAGAGACUAAAGGUUUCGACGCGUUGCGCAUUGAACCUCGAUCUUCACGCAGCCGCUGAUCGUCUUCGCGAAGGACAACUCGGCAAGAAGAAUAUUGGAACAACAGGUAAAGGUAUCGGGCCUGCAUAUAGCUCCAAGGCCGAGCGAAGCACCGUGCUUCUCGCCGAUCUACUCGACGAUGACGAAUUCGGAGACAGAAUCAGGGCGAUGGAGCGAGAUUACAAGCUAAGAUACGGCGGCGACCUAGCUGGAUAUGAUGUCGAGGCAGAAAUCAAAGAGCUUGAAAACUUCCGCGAGAGGCUUCGUCCCUUUGCCGUGAACGAUAUCGAAUUCCUGGAGGAGGCCCAACAACAAGGGAAGAAGAUCCUUAUUGAGGGAGCGCAGUCGGCCUUGCUGGAUAACACAUACGGAACCUGGCCGUUUGUCACCUCAACAUCAACCACUUUUGGCGGCGUCAUGGCCGGCCUUACCCUCAACUAUCGGAAAGUGGACUCCGUCAUCGGCGUUCUGAAGGCAUACACCACGCGCGUCGGCUCUGGGCCGUUUCCCACGGAGGACUUCGGAGAAAUAAGUGCCAAGCUGCAGGAAAUAGGCCACGAAUUCGGUGUAACCACGGGACGCAGGCGUCGUUGUGGCUGGCUGGACCUAGUGUCGUGCAAGUACUCGCAAAGCGUGAACCACCACGACGUCCUGAACCUGACCAAGCUCGACGUGCUCGACACGUUCCCGGAGAUCAAGGUCGCGGUCGCAUACAAGCACCCCGACACCGGCGCCAUCCUCGACGCCUUCCCCGCCAGCGCAAAACUCCUUUCCAGAGUUGAGAUCGUGUAUAAGACUCUCAAGGGUUGGAAUUCCAAGACUACGGGAAUAAAGACGUUCGACGGUCUACCCCAGGAGGCCAAGGACUACGUCAAGUUCAUCGAGGACUUCCUCGGCGUGCACAUCAAGUGGGUUGGCUGCGGUCCUAACAGAGACGAUAUCCUGGUCCGUUAACCUGGAUCCGGUCGCCGUGCUUCUUUCUACUUUGGUACCUCUCAGUAGUUCGGGAUGCGGUGCGACAUCGAUGAUCCCUGGACGACUCGACAUUUUGGGAAAAGGCGCGUGAAGAGAUUUCUAUUUUUCUGUAGCAGAAAAAAACAAAAGGAAAGAGAAGGGAUGGGAUGAGAAGAGGAGGAAAAAGAAAUGAGCAUUACAAAAAAUCUUAGAUUCUAGGGGCGAGUGCUCUCUUAGAUCUAGAUUCCGGCAACGGAUUGCUAGAGGGGGCGAGGCUUUUGUGGCGGCCUAGACGGGGGAGGUUGGGCUUGCUUGCUUGCUUGUUCGGAACAUCGGUGGGGGAGAGGCGGGAUGUUCUGAUAUCUUCGCAUUUGCUUUAUUUUCGUAGUUUUAGGUGCGUAGUAGAUCGAGAACGUGUGUUAUAGACAUCGUGA